CAAUUUAUAUCAUAAAUAUAUAAAUAGCAUUACCACCUUGUCAAACAACUAAAACUAAUUAAUUUAAUUAAAAUUUUUUUCGUCUAGCAUGAAAUAACACAAUGUCGAAACGAACAACCAUUUAUAAUUCGUAUACCAAAACGUAAUCAAGGUACACCAACAGCAAAUCUUGAUACACAUCCUUCAUUAUCUCCAAGUACUCAAUCAGAUAUCUCAGGUGAACAUCCAUCUUUAACAACACAAAAUUCAACAGUACAUUUAUCAAAAGAUAUGACUACAAGUGAAUUUAUAGAAGAAAAUCAUGAUUCAAUACCACAAAAUCCUAUACCAGGUUUAACAUGUUAUCAUCAACGUGCUGCAUUACUUAAAGCAAUAUUAAAUUAUUUAAAAAAAGCUUUUACUGAACGAACAAUGGUUGAUACAACACGACAUAUUAUGGAUGGUUCAUUACCAAAUUCAUUAAAACAUAUAAUAAGUAAUGCGGAAUAUUAUGGUCCAUCAUUAUUUCAUUUAGCAACUGAUGUUGUUACAUCAUUUAUAUUUCAAGAACCAUCACAAUUAUCAUCUUUACAAGAUAAUGGUUUAACAGAUGUAUUAAUGCAUGCACUUUUGAAAAAAGAUAUACCAGUUGCACGUGAUGUUUUAGUAUCAUUACCAAAUAUAUUUAGUUCAUUAUGUUUAAAUGCACGUGGUUUAGAAAAUUUUAUGGAAUAUAAACCAUUUGAUAAAUUCUUUCGUAUUUUUUUAAUAUCAAAAUAUUUACCAGCUAUGAUACGAAGACGUGGAACAAUUUAUGGUACAGCAUCAAGUCUUGGAACUGCUAUUAAUAAAUUCAUAAUACAACAUGUUAGUUUACGUACAGAAGUAAUAAAAUCAAUGAUAACAUUACUUGGACAACUUGUUGAAUUGGGUAAUAAUCCACAAUAUUCUUGUCAAAAAUCAGAGUCAUUGCCGUUAACUAUAACAAAUAUAAAUGUAGAAGAAAAUAAUAGAGAUUCAUCGGUUGAUGAAGAUGAUGAUGAAGAUGAUAAAACAUUAUCAAAUGAAAAUAAAUCUGAAGACGAAACAGUUUCAGUUGCUGUACCAUUACUUGAUUAUUUAAAAAAUAUAAUGCGUUUUUUUGAAGGUGUUAUUAGUAAUAAUCCAACAGAUGAUCAUGGAAAAGAAUUUGUUAAAUUAGGAGGUUUAAAAUCUUUACUUGAUAUUUUACAAAUGAAAAAUUUACCUAUUGAUUUUCCAUCAAGUAAAGCUUGUCAUUGUGUUGCUGCACUUUGUAAAUCAACAUUUACUCUUUUACUUAACGAUGAUCAAUUAAUUGAAAUAAUUAUACCAAAUCUUGAUACAAUAUUAGAUAUUUUAAUAGAUUUUUGUUCAAAUCAACGAUACGAUAAUUUAUUAUUAAAUAUAAAAAAAAUUGAUAAAAUUGAUUUUAAAUCAUCACCAUUAUCAAUCUUAUUACUUAUGUUUGAACAUCCAAUGCUGAAUAAAAAUAUUCAAUUAAUUGAUAAACUAUUUAAAUUACUUUCAUUAAUUUCACAAUCAAUACCUACAAAUAAGAAAUUAGUUAUUUUAGAUUCAUACAUAAAUUUAGUUAGCAAAAUAUUAAUAUCGAAAUCAUAUACUCACGAUGGUCUAGAAUUUGCAAUUAUAUUUUUAUUAAAUAUAUCAGAAAUUAAUCAAGUGACAAGAAAUAAAAUUUUACAUUUAUUAGUUAAUCAUAUUGGUUUAUUAGCCAAAGAUGUUAGUGAAGACAUUAAACAAUUACUUCGGGAAGUUGAAAAUUAUUUAUCUCAAAAGAAAUCCAAUAUUCCAAUAACAACUAAUGAUCAAUUAUAUGACUCAUACAAAAAUAUUCGUAGUAAUUCUAUCACAUUCAUGGAUAUUGAUUCAAAUCCUAUACAACCAGAUUUACAAUUACCAACUAUGAUUGUAUUAACAUCAAAAAAUGCUAAUCAACAGUUUUUAUUACGUAUUCUUAAAGUUAUUAUACAAUUACGUGAAGCAACAAAAAAAGAACAACUUGAUGCUCGAACAUGUUUUGAAACUGAUGUUCAUAAAUUAACACAUCUUCUUGAUACAUUACGUCAAUCAUUACAUUCAUAUUUUCCUCCAUCAGAUAAUAAUUCAAUAAAUCAACAAAACGAUGUACUCCAACCAACUGAUGAAUUAGCUAAUUGCUUAGAACAAAUACGUACACGUUUACACACAAUUUUAAAUUCCAAUACAAUUGAACAACGUCAACAAAUCUUUUACCAGCAAGAUAUAUAUAAUUUAAUGCGACAGUUUGAAUCAUUAAUUAAAGAUUUUCCUCAACCACCAUUAUUAACAAUAAUGAUAACAGGUAUUAAUGAUUUUUUACAAAUAAAUCCACCAUUAACUCCACAAAUAUAUGAACCAAUGGAUCCUGGACAAUUUCUACCAAAUCAACAAACAAAAUUAAGUGAUUUAUUAAAUAUAAAUCAAUUGUGGGAUUCAUUAAAUGAUUGUUUAUUAUCAAUAGCUAAAUUACCUGAUCCACAUGCUGUUUUAGUACUUCAACCAACUGUUGAAGCUUUUUUUCUUGUUCAUGCUGCUGAUUUAGAUAAUGAAAAUGAAAAACACAAGAGAAAGAAAAAAGAUCGUGAAACACGUGAAGUAUUAUUACAUUUAGAAUGGUUUAGUUCAGCACCAACAACAACAACAUCAACCAAUGAAUUACCAUUAGAUGCACAACAAUUUGUUAAAUUUGUUCGUACUCAUCGUAUGCUAUUAAAUCAAGUUUUACGUCAAAGUACUCAACAUUUAACUGAAGGACCAUUUCAUAUAUUAACUGAUUAUACAUCUAUACUUCAUUUUGAUAUUAAAAGAAAAUAUUUUCGUCAUGAACUUGAUCGUUUAAAAGAAACUAUACGUGGACAAGAUUUAGCUGUACAUGUUCGACGUAAUUAUAUAUUUGAAGAUUCCUAUAGAGAAUUAAGUCGACGUACGCCAGAAGAUUGGAAACAUCGAUUUUAUAUUGUAUUUGAUGAUGAAGAAGGACAAGAUCCUGAUGGACGUUUACGUGAAUGGUAUUCACUAAUAACACGUUCAAUGUUUGAUUCAAAUUAUGCUUUAUUUAUGAUAAUUCCAGGUGAUCGUGUAACAUAUAUGCCUAGUUCAUCAUCACAUAUAAAUACAAAUCAUUUAAAAUAUUUUAAAUUUAUUGGACGUAUUAUAGCUAAAGCUAUAUUUGAUAAUAAAUAUAUAGACUAUCGUUUUACACGUUCAUUUUAUAAGAAUAUACUUGGUAUCCCUGUAUGUUAUACUGAUAUGGAAUCAGUUGAUUUACAAUUUUAUAAAAAAUUAGUUAUGUUAUUACAAAAUGAUAUUGAACAAUUAGGUUUAGAUUUAACAUUUUCAUUAGAUGCAAGUGAAUUUGGUGAAAAUAAAGUUAUUGAUUUAUUACCAAAUGGUUCACGUAUUGUAGUAACAAAUGAAAAUAAAUAUGAAUAUAUUCGUCUUGUUUGUCAAGAAAAAAUGAUUGGUUCAAUAAGACAACAAAUAAAUUCAUUUUUAGAUGGCUUCUAUGAUAUUAUCCCAAAAAUUUUAAUAUCAAUAUUUAAUGAACAAGAAUUAGAAUUACUAAUAUCAGGUUAA